AUGGUAGUAAGCCCAUCCGGUUUAUCCUAUGCUGCUGCUGCAGCCAGACCGACAAUGUCGCCUUCCCACUCUAGGAAGAAGAGGAAAAAACAGGAUGAUUUCCCUGUGCUAAAAACACCAUUAGCGCCAAGAAAAAGGGCCAAGGGUAGGCUGGGUACCAUAAAACCCCCCAAGAAGUCCGCGAAGCGUUUAGCGACGAUAAAAGCCAGGGACAGAUCCGCCAGGACAGGCCCAAGAUUCGAGGUCACAACGGGUGUCGAGGGAUGGCAGGACCUUCGGAAUUCAAUUGAACAGAAACUGCCAAACCCUAAGGUCAGAAUGACAAAGUCCAAGAACGGCGGCUUGGUUCUUUUCCCUGAGGACGAGGUUACCGCAGCUGCUCUGCGCCGCACUACCAAACUUGUUGAGAGGGGCCCUCGGAGGCCAAGGGUCAUCAUUAAAUUUGUAGACAGACUCCUAGAAAAAGACCUGAUCCCGUGGGCGCUACGCAAGAAUGAGUCUCUUGAUAUCAGCGAACAUGAGCAAAGCAGCAUAAAACCGCUAUUCAUGCUAGGUCCACGAGACGGACAUGCGGUGCAUUGGGUUGUUGAGGUCGCCCCAGAAACUCUGCCGAAGGUCGAAGGCAAAUCGGCUUAUCUGGGUAUGACCAAAUGCAAAAUAAAGUUCUUCGACUCAGUAACACAAUGUUUUAACUGCCAAGGAUUUGGCCACACGGCCCAAAAAUGUAGGGAAGAGCAACCCAGAUGCAGGAAAUGCUCGGGGCGACACGACUCACGGUCUUGCACGGCGCAAACGGUAAAGGGCCCUAACUGUCGAAGUGGGAACCACAACGCGGCGUCAGCUAACUGCCCGGCAAGAACAGCCGCCAUCAGACGACUUACUCGUCAAACAGAUUUUGGGACGACCGACCUUACCCCAAAUGACAGCUGA